AUGUGCGGGAAAGAUGAAAAGCUCAAGAAAACGCAAUGUAUUCAUCCUGCAUGUGAGAAGAAAUUCUUUCAUAUUUCUUCCAUGAUGAAGCAUGUUGAAAAUGACCAUACAGACUUAGAAAUAUCAGUAGUAGAGAAACAUUUUCAGUCAAUAGCAGAUUUCAAACUCUGGAAGGAAGAUGAAGAACUGAGGAGUUUUUCUUACUUUAGUACAAGACAUAGUGUAACAUCUUCUGAGGGUAAGGUGUAUCUUUCAUAUGUCUGUCAGUACAAUGGCCCAGACAGAUACCCUAGUACUCCAGGAGAGCUUGGGAGAAGUGCAUCCAGAAAAUGGAAGAAGGGGAGAGUCAAAACCGGACUAGUGUGUCCAGCUAGAAUGCUAGUCAAGGAGCUGAGCGAUGGCUCCGUCAAUGUGAAGUACGUCCAGACUCAUAACCAUGACAUUGAUAAAGAUAACUUCUCAUACCCUCCCUUUGCACACAGAAGUUAUAAUAGAUAUGUACCGCAAGAAGAAAGCUGUGAGAAAAAUGAAGUAGGGUAUCUGGAAAACCAGGUUGAUGUAAAUAUGGAUGUUACAGAAGCAGUAGAAACACCUGAAGCUGCAGCUGAAGAGAAUAUUGUUAGUGGGGAAAUUAUAGCUAAAACAGAGAUGGAUGCAGACUACUUUGAUUACAUGCUGAAACCAAACUGUGGGUAUGUUCUGUCCGUAGACAGGGCCAACGAGGUUGUGAAUCUCUUCCAGCAACGGACUUCUUCCCGUUUUACAUGCUACAAGGUUCAAAGAAGUUUUGGUAGAGAUGAAUGGAGUGUAGACAAUCGCAAGAUUCUCUGGCAACAGGAAGAGACAAGGGAGAACACUCUGCCAGAGUUUGAUGGGGUGCCAUACAUACUGAAUGGAACUAAAGUAUUGGAAUGCCAGUAUGGAGUUAACAGGAGUGCCUAUCAAAAGAAAAAUCAUUUAGAAAGAAAAAAGAAUGAUCUGUGGAAGGAAGAGGAAGUAACAAAACAUGUUUCCAAAAAAGUGGAUUGUCCUGCCAAGAUAUUUCUCAAAGAUGUGAUUAAAUUUCCAGAUUUUAAGGUGGAUGUAAAUUCCCGUGAGGCAAAGAAGCUGAAAUCAAAUAAUUUAAGAACGGCUCUAAAAGAGGAGCAAGUGUUUGGCGAGAGGAGAAUCUACAUACAGUUGCCAAAGGAGUCAGAUCAUUGCAAUCACAGGAAAGGUCCAACCAGCAGACCUCGCAAGCAAAGAAGUAGCCGUUUGUCUUUACUUCCAACGUGGGACACAGAGCUGAAUGAUGGGGACUUCCUCCAGACAUUCCGAGUCACAAAGCCUGUAUAUCAGAUACUUGUUGACGAGUGGCACCGAGUGGAGUCAUUCAGAUUAGAAUCAACAGGUCUUCCAGCUGAUAAGGUCCAGCCCCUAGACCAGCUGGUUCUGGCUGGGCUCUAUUACCUUGGGUCGACUGACAGCCUAUCCGCGGCGAGUGCAAAGUUUAAAGUGAAGGCUGGGAAACUCUUUGAGACUAUGGUGAUGUUUGCAGACUUCUUGCUUGGGCAGCAGGAAAAGUACUUAAAAUGGCCACCAGUUGAAGAAAGAGUGAAGAUAGCUGAAGUAAUCAAGCAUGACUGUGGAUUCCCAGGCGUGUUUGGGGCCCUGGAUGCCGCCCUCAUUCACAUGAUGGCUCCUGCAGGUGACGACAGGCUGAAUUACGCCUACGUCACCACCGAAGAGGAAUCCAAGUAUGGCUUUGUGUUGCAGUUCGUCGUCGACCAUCGACUAGUGUUCCGGGACAUCCAUCUGGACGCUCCCAAAACAGGGACUCGUUUCCAGGUUUUCCAGGAAUCUGAUGCUUGGAUAACUAUACAAAAUCUGACUAGUGCUGAGACUCAUCUUGUAGCGCCAGCUGUGUAUCCAUUGGCUCCAGCUGUGAUGACACCGCAUAUGACGGAAACAUUGACAUAUCAGGAAGCGCUGUUCAAUGAGAACCACAAUGAAGCUCAGAAAUUGUCAGCCAAUGCAAUGACAGUAUUCAAGUCGCGAUUCAGGCGAAUGCAGCUCCUGGACAGGCACGUUGAGACUAAUGGGAAGCUCAUCAGGGCUGCUUGCAUUCUUCACAACAUUGCACUGAUGAAUGAGAAUGAAAUGGUGCUGAACGAACUUGGACUGGAAUACAACAGCGAGCUGGACGAGGAAGGCUGGCACACAGUGGGUAUGGAGGAGGUCGUGGCAGAGAUUGGUAUCCUCGGUGGAGAGGAAAAGCGGCGCUACCUUACAACUGUUAUGACUUCCCGAUACUAACUUGUAGAGGAAAAGCAUAUCAACAGAGUGAACUUGUGGAAGAGAGGGAAAUUUGAUCUUCGUGUAUGAUCAUUUUCCCCCAUAUCUGUUUGCCUUCAAAAUUUCUUCUAUACUGUACAGAAUGAUGUAAUUAUGUAUAAUAUUGUACACAGGAUGUGAAUUUUUGAAUACAA